AUGAAUUCCCGCGGAUUCUCCUUUCCUCCUCCCCCCCCUCCUCCUCCCUCUUCCCAGCAGCAACACCAUCCCACAUAUCCUCCCGCGGCCCAAUAUGGGCAGCGUGGCCAUGGGCAGCGCGGCGGGAGACAGAAGUCUCGUGGAAGGGGAUUUGGGAAUAGAGGUGGACGAGUAGGUCAUGGGGGAAACUAUUGCGGUGCUCCAGAUACCGGACACCAUCUUGCAUAUUCCGCAAAUGCUACUUCUGCUCCGCCGAUGGGCUACCCUCCGAUUGACUACACCGGUUUUGCUUCUCAACCCCUCCAUUCCCCUGCGAAUGUGUCGCCAUCCUCCUUUCUGUCAUCGCGAUCACCGGAUUUCCGACACCCACCUAACCCACCUAACCCACCUGCCUAUGGAUCUCCGCAGGCGCUGUUUCCACAACCAGCCGCGGCGCCUAUGGAAUCAUACCCUCACCGGACCGACUACGAGACAGGAUACAAUGGUUCAGGUUCUCUUCAACAAUCUACUUCUUAUCAUCAGGCGCAGACGCCACCAACGUUCCCUCCUGUCGUCCCUCCGCCUCAGCCUCCUCCCCAUUCCCAGGCGCCGAUGAUGGGCCCUCCAAUACGCUGGGGGUUCGACAAUACAUCAUCUCCCACGUCCUUUCAUGGCGCUCAGCGCGGACAUACACGCGGCCCUCGUUCGUUCAAUUCACAUGGGAAUCAUGCCUCUGAUGGAGAUAAGACAGCAAAGUAUGGGAAUAAGCGGGACUACAGUUCCAUGUUUGGGAAGCCUCAGUCACGAAUACCAGCGCCACCUCCUGUGCCCAGCUUUGGCAAUCCCUUACCUUUGAAGCCACCAGCACCAGUAGAUGCUUCUCGGAAACCGAAGAAAAAGAAGCGACGAUACAAUCAGCUUGGCCUGACCCCUAAAACUGAAGAGCACGAGUCCAGUGAGGAAGAAGAUGAUGCAGAUGAAGAGGCGAGGCUAGCAUCCAGUGUGAAUACUGCUGCUGCACCACUUCAAUUUUCAUACAAGGGGCGAACGUCGAUAUUGCGGACCCCAUCAGAUAUCGCAGCGUGGAUCGAGGAACGGAAAAAACGUUUUCCUACUCAAGCUCGCGUAGAGGAGAAGAAGGCGGCCAUGGAGGAGGCAAAGAAAGCGCGCGAAGAAGCCUUGAAACAAAAGGAAUUGCGGAGACAGGAAGCAAAGAAACAGCAGGAGAACCAAACUCGAAAGGAGCGGGAGAAGCAAGACGGACGCAAAAAGCAGCAGGCAGAACCGACAGACCCAGUGGAUGCAGCUGAAAGGGCGAAGCGGAAGGCAGAGAAAUUACGUCGAAAACUGUUAAGAGAAGAAAAGAAGGUUGCAAAAGCGGAAGAAGACGCCGAGCGGGCUCGGCUCAAGGUGGUGGAAUUAAAAAGGGGUUCAAUGGAAGCUGGCGGAGUUGCUCAGCCAGAGCCGGUCAGGGACGAGAUCUCCGAAUCACCGGCUAAGGCUGUUACCUCAAAGACGCCUGACGUGCAAGUUGAUCAGGAUGAUAUGGGCGAUGUUGAUGGUGUUACAAGCCCAGCCGCUUCUGAUGCUUUAGAGAGUAGUGACUGGACAUCGUCGAGCGGGUCCAGCGACUCGUCAUCGUCGGAAUCUGAGGAAAGUGAUGACGACUCGGCGCCAGAGGAAGUAACAUCUCGUCGCGAGGGACCCGAACGGGUGCCGCCCCAACCCCGUGAAGGUAAAAAAAGGCUAUGCCGUCAUUUUGCGAAGAACGGCCGUUGUCAACGUGGGACCAAGUGCAAAUUCUCUCACGAAAUGCCCGAGAGAAAAGUCAAAAUGAACCCCGUAAAGAACGGACGAAAGGGAUUAUUGCAAGCACUCCUCGAUCGCCAGCAGGCGGAGGACGACCAACGGGUAAUGCAGGCCAUCACGUGGUUAGGCGAAAACGGGUUGCUGGAUGAGCCCACGGUCAAGGAAGAGCAAGGGCAAGUGAAAACCGAAGAUUCUGCAGCACUUGACAACUAG